AUGAACGACAACGGCUAUGAGCCGGACAUACUUGCAAACGUGCUGUUUCCUGGAAAGAGCAUUCCUGCGCUCAUGCUUGUUGGCAGCUGGAAUACUCCUCGUCUACUCAUGGCUAUUGGGCUUUCUAUCUUACUUUCCCUAGUCGUGACAGCGGCCGGUACUGCGGCCGGACAAAAUGUGCGCAUUAGGUUGACGGCCGGGAGUUACACAUUUGGGGUGUCCAUUUUCAUCGCCACUCUUACUCUUUUUAGCGCUGUCAUCUUAGUAGAUUCUCAAGAUUAA